UGUUACUUACAUGUAUCUGAAGUAGCCAGGGUCUACCUACAUAUCCCGCUAAUUCAAUUCCAUCUCCAAAAAUGAUGAUGUUUCUCAGAAUCCAAUUUCUGCUCUGCAUGGGGUAUAUUCUACUGUCAUAUUGUCAAGAGCUCACGCUUACUCCGACACUCAUGUUUAUUCCUCGUGGACGGACAGCCUUCUUCAACUGUAUGCUUCACCAGGCUGCACACAUUGGGACAGAGAUUGGGUCGAAGCACGUGGUGUGGUGUAAAGAUCAUAAAGAAAUAGCACAAUACCAUUGCAUUAAGUGCGACAGUGGUACUUCGUGGAAUUACACAAUUAACCAUGCAGGUGCAUCAGAUGAUGGAAUCUAUCAAUGCAGUCUAUCUAGAUGUUCAUCAACUGAGUCAUCUAAUGCAGGACUUUUACACGUAAUUGAAACAGGUACACUACAUCUGGGAAGUACGAUUUCACCUACCAAACCACCAAAUGCAGAGAGUUCAUCAAUCACUGAACCUAUCAUCGUCCACACCAACGAACCGUCGACAUUGAGGGAGGUUGCUAAUAAUUCGUUUGUCACAGAAUCUAUGAUCACCAGUAAAUCAUCAAGAUCAACAAACUCUGCAGAGACUGCCUUGUUAUACACCACUGAACGAUCAACUUCAAGAAAACUCGCUGGGACAACGACUCGAAAUUGUGACCAUCACGAACAGGAGAAAGAGCAAAGCAGUGAUUGCAUACCAAAUAUAAAAAACAUAAAAUUGUCCGUUACAUCGCUUGCUGAAGGAAACAUAUCAAAGUCAGAAGUAAAACAGAAACUUGAUAGCACUCUAAACGCAUUGCAAGCAUUUUCUCAAACCAAUGAACAUACUCCUGCAGAUCUGGAUAGCUCUCUAGACGUGUUGGACAAAAUCAUAGAUUUCUCGAAAACGUCAAAUGUUGCAGUUCCAGAGAUGGUGGUUGUCACGACAAUUGAUAACUUACUGGCUGAAAAUCACACGACUGCAUGGCAGGAUACGGCUACAGAACCACAGAUGACUGCCAGAGUCAGUAAAAUAUUGAAGACUGUUGACAAAUUUGGCAUGCACGUGUUAGAAAAUGUCAAGCAGAACGAAAGUAUCAGGUUUUCAUCCACAAAAAAUAUAGUUCUUACAGUUGCAAAUAUACCUGCUGACCAGGAUGUCAAUUUCCCGGAAAACAAAGGCAUCCUAAGAUCAUCAUUAAAUUUACCACCACAACUACGCCAUUCAACUGAAAGCAUAUACUAUUUGGCAGUAAAGUACAAAACAAUCGGAGGCAUACUCAAUGAUAAGACAAGACAGAAGGGCAGUUUAAAAGAAACGGUGGGGUCUGACAUUCUAUCAUUAACACUAAAGAAUUUCCUACCGAAAGGGACAUUAAGACCACCUUUGAAAUUGACGUUUUCAAAAGAAAAUCCGGGUCCUUCUAUCAUCCAAUGUGUAUUUUGGGACUUUAAUCACAAUAAUGGAACUGGUGGGUGGUCAACAGCUGGAUGUAAAACAGAAGCAACACACGAUCUGUACACACAAUGUACAUGUAACCAUUUAACAAACUUUGCAAUAUUAUUGCGGCCGUACUCAAAGGUAGAUGACGAGGAGGAAGCCUUGAGCUGGAUAUCCUUGAUAGGUUGUUCUAUAUCAGUUUUCCUCUCUAUAAUAACGGCUCUUGUGUACAUUGUCUUUUGGAAAUCUGUUACUUCUGAGACCAGCAGGGUGAUUGAUAAGAUCACGGUGUUCCUUUGUCUUAGUAUCGCCAUGGCCUAUGCGUUGUUUCUAGCAGGAGUUGAUAAGACCCAAUACAAGGUCGGGUGUACGGUCAUUGCAGCACUUUUACAGUGUUUGUUUCUCUUGAUUUUCUUCCUGAUGUUGGCUAUGGGAUGGUAUUAUUUUGCCAGUUUAUCAUUGUUAAAGAUCUCUUUCUCCAAAGCUUCAAAAUUGAAAAGUAGAGCCAAUCUUAUGAGCAAAAUCACCUGGGGAAUAGUAACACUCAUGCCUAUCUUUAUUACUGCCGUCACUUUCGGGUCCGUUUAUUCCUCCGGGAAAAGCUAUCACUCAGAAACAAGUUGCUGGUUGUCCUUUGAAAGCGGAGCAUUAUAUGGUUUUAUCGCACCUGUUGCUCUUAUCGUUUUGGUCAAUAUCGUAAUUGUUAUCAGUUUAUCUGUGACGUUAUGCUCAUCUACAAUCGUGUCCAAGGGUGCAAAGAAACGGGCGUCAGCGGGUAUAAAAUCAAUCAGUAUCCUGUUACCUGUGCUUGGAGUUACCUGGGUCUUUGGACUUUUGUCAAUCAAUGAUGACACUAUCGUUUUACAAUAUAUAUUCUCCAUUUUGAACUCCUUCCAGGGGCUUUUCAUUUUUACCGCCAAGUGUAUUCUCAACAAAAAGGUUAGAAAAGCUUUCAUGAAGACAAUAAGCAAUAAGGAGAUUGAAAGUUCUAGGAGUAAACCUCACAAAUCGCACAGUAACACCACUCACGUCACUAAUGUGGAUAAAUCCAGGAUCCAGUUUAGAGGAGUAGAAGCUGAGCAUAAUACCAUAAACAAGGACCUGAUUAUGGGAAUCUCAUUCAAGCCAAUUGAAAGUUCAGCUAUUUGAAAGGAUUUGGUGCAUAAAGAGAACAUUCUGUGAAACGUAUACACAUCGGUGCCAUGGUAUACUCGUUUAAGUACUAAAUUUACUUCAGUGCAUUGUAUGCUGUCGAAUGAAAUGUAAUUUACUCAUUAAAUAAAACAAAAGGUAUUUUAUCAAAU